CGGCAGCGGCGGGGCCGGGGCGGCCGCGGUCCCCCCCGGCUCCCGGAACUCGCCCGGCGCCGGCCAUGGUGCGGAUCGUGACCGUGCAGACCAAGCCCUACGGCGACCAGAAGCCGGGCACCAGCGGGCUGCGCAAGCGGGUGACGGUGUUCCAGAAAAAUGCCAACUACACCGAGAACUUCAUCCAGAGCAUUCUGGCCACCGUGCCGCCCGCCGAGCGCCAGGAAGCCACGCUCGUGGUGGGGGGAGACGGCCGCUUCUACAUGAGAGACGCCAUCCAGCUGAUCGUCCGCAUCGCCGCCGCUAACGGGAUCGGGCGCUUGGUGAUUGGGCAGAACGGGAUCCUGUCCACGCCCGCCGUGUCCUGCAUCAUCCGCAAGAUCAAAGCCAUCGGCGGCAUCAUCCUCACCGCCAGCCACAACCCCGGCGGGCCCAGCGGCGACUUCGGCAUCAAGUUCAACAUUGCCAACGGAGGUCCUGCUCCUGAAGCCAUCACGGAUAAAAUUUUCCAGAUCAGCAAGAAAAUUGAGGAAUAUGCAAUCUGCCCAGACCUCCAGGUGGAUUUGGGCACCAUUGGGAAGCAGCAGUUUGACUUGGAGAACAAAUUUAAGCCAUUUACAGUGGAGAUUGUGGACUCUGUGGAAGCCUAUGCCAACAUGCUGAGGAAUAUCUUUGACUUCAAUGCCUUGAAGGAGCUGCUGUCAGGGAAGAACCAGCUCAAGAUUCGCAUCGAUGCCAUGCACGGGGUUGUGGGCCCGUAUGUGAAGAAGAUCCUGUGUGAGGAGCUGGGAGCCCCAGCAAAUUCAGCUGUGAACUGCACCCCCCUGGAGGAUUUUGGGGGCCACCACCCUGACCCCAACCUGACCUAUGCUGCUGACCUGGUGCAGACCAUGAAGACAGGGGAGUACGACUUUGGAGCUGCCUUUGAUGGAGAUGGGGUAAAAGAACUGCUCAGAAUUCCCUUUUUUCCCCUCUAACCAACUCUGGGGACUGAGCCUCUCUUUGAAAUGGAGAAUGUAAAUCCCUUCCCUCCAGUGUCUUCACUGGCCCCCCAGGGGAGCUGCUGAUCCCAUUUCAGAAUCCAGGGAUGUGAUUUGGCUUCUUACCUUGGCAGGGUGGCCCAGGCUACAAAGAUUGCUUUGUACGAGACUCCAACGGGCUGGAAGUUCUUUGGAAACCUGAUGGAUGCAAACAAACUGUCUCUGUGUGGAGAGGAAAGCUUUGGGACUGGCUCUGACCACAUCCGAGAGAAGGACGGGCUGUGGGCAGUGCUGGCCUGGCUCUCCAUCCUGGCUGCCCGCAAGCAGAGCGUGGAGGACAUCAUGAAGGAGCACUGGCAGAAGUAUGGCAGGAACUUCUUCACCAGGUAUGACUAUGAGGAGGUGGAUGCAGAUGCUGCCAACAAGAUGAUGAAGGAUUUGGAGUCGGUGAUGUUCGACCGCUCCUUCGUGGGGAAGCAGCUGUCGAGCGGGGACAAAUCCUACACGGUGGAGAAAGCUGACAACUUCGAGUACAAUGACCCUGUGGAUGGCAGUGUCUCCAAGAACCAGGGCUUGAGGCUCAUCUUCUCCGACGGCUCCCGCAUCAUCUUCCGGCUGAGCGGCACCGGCAGCGCCGGGGCCACCGUGCGCCUCUACAUCGACAGCUACGAGAAGGAUGCUCAGAAGAUCAACCAAGACCCACAGGUGAUGCUGGCACCUCUCAUUUCCAUUGCACUGAAACUUUCCCAGCUCCACGAGAGAACCGGCCGCUCGGGGCCCACCGUCAUCACAUAGAGCCAGCCUGAGCUGGAGCUGCACUGGGGCAGGCAGAGCCCCUCCCUGUGUCAAAUUGUCACUGAAAGAGGAAUAUUGAUUCUAUCCCUGUAUUUAAGAACACUGUUUUGCUGCUAAGGAUAGCCAAUAAACCCCAGCCCUCAGCA